AUGGGGAUCUCUCUUCGGGCGGUCGCGAUACUCUUUCUCGUUGGGUCCAUCUCCGCAACCGUCGUAUCCGCCGCUGAGCCGUACCUAGUGACCAAAGCCAAGCAGCUUCGCGGCAUCGCCGACACCGCGCAAGCGGAUCUCGACGCCGCUAAUGCGCUUCUCCAGCAGCGGCAGGCGGAAGAAGCGCCUUUCGCACAAAAGGCGGCGGCCGCGGAUGCGGAAGCCGCCGCCGCAACGACGGAGCUCAACAACAAGCGCGCCGAGCUCGAGGCGUCAAAAGUGGAGCAGGAAACGGCUCGUCAGGCGCUGAUUCAGGCGAAGCAGAAUUCGCGCGACGAGCGUUCGUACUACGACGAUCUCGAGUCGCAGGCCGAAGAGGCACUCUUUGAAGAGAGCGAGGCCGCCAAGGACGUGCUGGAUGCCAUUUCCCGCCAGAACACCACCGCGGUCGUGCUAUCCGAGCAGCAGAAAAUCUCGACGGAGGCUUACAAUGACGCUGUCGCCGCGGCUCGGUCAGCGGCUCGCCUCGAAACCCCAGAGGCCAAGGCGCUUCAGACGGAAUUGUAUAACGUCAAGCUGCAAGCGGAUCGCAUCCUUGGCGCCGUGAAGAAACAAUCCGACCGCGCCGUCCAGCGUGUGUCGGAGAGGCAGACGGAAAGCGAGAAGGUCAAGAAGGACAAGAGCGAUACUCGCGGCGCGGCGAACGAGCAGAAGGUAAUCAAGGAAAAGGCGGAGAAGGACGAGGCCGACUCGAACGUAUUUUUCACCAAGGCGAUCGGUAAGACCAAGAACUUGGAUACCGCGGUGAAAGCGGCGGGGCAGAAUUACAACGCGAAGGUGAAGGCGCAGCGGGACGCGAAGAUUGCGCUGGCGCCCAAGGCCAAUGCGCGCGCGGCGCAGGAGCGCACCGUGGCGGUGAGGAAGACGCGCGCGGACGCGGCGAAGGGGAACGCGGAUAACUCGGAGAAGGAAGCAAGGGGGAAAGGUCUCAACUGCUCUUACCUCGUCGUUCGAGCGAAGCAGCUCAGAGCCGCAUCUGACUCUUACGCCGCGGAUCUCAAGGCCGCGCAAGCCGUCGCUGCACAGAAAGCGCAGGAUGAAGCCGAUGCUGCCGCCGCGAUCUCCGCUAUCGAGAAUGACAAUACCGCGGAUAAUCUCCGCUCCACUCUGGACAGCAUGAAAGACGCCAUGGAUGCCGCUAAGUACGACCUCGACGACGCGAACAGAAUCUUAACUUUCCGCAAGCAGGCCUACAUUCAGGCGCAGAUCGAUCCCACCAGCCACCCCGAGCUUCCCGCAGCCACAAAAGCCGUCAACGACGCGGCGCGCCGUGUGAAAAUGACCGCAGCGCUUCUCGACGAAUGGCGCAACGUCAUCGCGGACGCGGCGGCGGCGAUCAAGGAUGCGCUGCAGGCGUACGAGAAAGACCCGUCGCCGGUUAAUAAGGUGGCUGUUGCGGAAGCGGAAUCCGUUCAGUCGUCUGUGGAGGAGGUUCUCCCGGAUAUUGAGAGCCAGGCGGAUCGCGCGAAGGCGAAACUCGCCAAGGCUCAGAAUAACUACCAGAGGCUCGUCACCCUGGGCCCCCAGAGCGUCGACAUUUUCAAGUCUGCGUUGGACGACGCGACGAACGACGUCGCACUGGCGCAGAGGUCGUACGACGACGCGAUGGCGAUCUACAACGACGCUGUCGCAGCGCUGGACAACUUCAUGGCGAAGCAGGUCAAGGCGCUGGCGGCGGCGAAGGCCAACCUCGCGGCGGUGAAGAUAAACCGCGCGGUGGCGGAUAAGCGCGUGGUGCAGCUGGCGGAUCGCGCCAAGGCAGGCCUUGCGCGCGCCGUGGAUGCGGAAAAGGCGGUGCAGGAUGCGACGGUGGUUAUCAAGCCGUGA